AUGAAGCAGCCAGAAAGCUUGAUGUACGAUAUUAACAGAAAAGUCUACAAUGAAGAAGAAUUCCAACAAGAACACGACCAAAGAUUUCUUUCCCAAAUUGACGAGGACUUUGUUGCCCCUCAAGCCAAACGAAGGAUCCAGUGCAGGUUUUCAUGGGAAAGGUUCAGGAAGAUCAUGCUCAACAUGUUUCCCAUUCUCAACUGGAUGUGUUCAUAUCAUAUCACAGAAUGGGUUUUAGGAGACGUCCAUGCUGGCAUAAGUGUAGGGAUGGUGCAGAUGCUUCAAGGAUUAUUAACACUACAGUUAACUGGAUUACAACUACCAAUCACCAAUGUUUUUUACUCUGCAUUUUUCUCCACUUUAACGUAUGUCAUAUUUGGAACGUCACACCAUAUCUCUAUUGGAUCUUUCACCAUUCUAAAUGCGAUGAUCGCAAACUUUCAGAAAGCUCUUAAUUUCAAUGUUACUUUGCCAAGAAAUGCGACUCUGAUCAUGUCUGAAAAUUCAGUUAAAAUGUAUACGGAAGCCUUGGCUCUCACGGCAUCGACAACGUUUUUGGUUGGGAUCAUUCAGAUACUUCUAUGCUUUAUCUGUUUGGGAUACGUGACAACAUACCUGUCAGAAACUCUCAUGAAUGCUUACCUCACUGCUGCAGCUCUGCACGUCAUCGUAUCCCAGUUUUCCUUUAUCUUUGGGAUUGUAAUUGACUUUCAUUCAGGCCCUCUGGCCAUUUUUUAUAACAUGGUAAAUUAUUGCAUGGGUAUCCCCAAAGCUAAUUCUACCAGCAUCCUGCUGUUUUUCCUGACCGUCGUCAUGCUGUGGGUCAGUAGAUGCAUUAAGAUAACCUACAAACACAGCCCUGUUGAGUUCCCUAUGGAACUACUUCUGAUUAUUAUGUGUACCAUAAUUUCUACCAAAAUACAGUGGCAUGCUGAAUCCAGUAUGGGAAUACUUACUACAGUACCCUCCAGCUUUCUGUCUCCUACAUUACCUGACUUUCCAAAAUUGUACAAGAUUAUAUUACACGCUUUGUCUCUGGCAGUAGUAAGCUAUUUCCUUCUCAUUUUUGUGGGGAAAAAGUACGCAACCAUUCACAACUAUCAUGUCAGACACACCCAGGAACUACUGGCUAUCGGAUUAUGCAACGUCUUUGGUUCAUUCUUUAAAAGCUUUGUCGUUAGCUGUGCUGUUUCUGCAACGGUUAUUCAGGAAAAGACCGGCGGGAAAACACAGCUUGCAGCUCUAAUUGGAGCGUCCAUAAUGCUGGUGACAGUGCUAAAGCUGGGAAAGCACUUCCAGUAUCUUCCUAAUGCUGUUUUAGCAGCGAUCGUAAUUUUCAACAUGUUGCCGUUUCUUGAAAAGUUUAUAGAUGUCCCUUGCUUGUGGAAGCAAGAUAAAUAUGAUUUUGGAAUUUGGAUUGUCACCUUUCUGGCUGUACUCUGUCUUGGUCUGGACAUUGGAUUGGUCAUUGCUAUGGGAUUUGCCUUUUUCAUAAUAAGCGUCAGGUCACACAGAAUGAAGAUGUUGAUAUUGGGCCAGAUUCCCAACACACAAAAUAUUUAUCGCAGCUUUUCAGAUUAUGAUGAGGCCACAGAGAUACAGGGAGUGAGAAUAUUCCAGUGCUGUUCCUCCAUUUCAUCGGCCAAUAUGAAACAAUUCAAAAACUACGUGUUACGAAAGAUGGAUAUGAAGGCCGUACCGCUUGAUGAAAACGAGAUGAGAGCUUUGAUAUCAGUCAGUCUAUCUAGUGUGAAUGCGCCGACCCAGGACUUACAGUGUGCCUGUGUUUGCAAUCCACCUGAACCGUUACCUAGGGUCCCUUACACGGAGAAACUUGUAAGACGACUUCAAACUUCUACCACAUCGUCGUCGUCUUCUUUCGCCCUGGUACGCUUGAGAAGAGCUAGAACAAGAUCCAUAACUCAGUUGUCCCCAUGUGACUCAGAGUCCGCAACAUACCCGAUCCACACCAUUAUUUUAGAUUUCAGCAUGGUGCACUUUGUGGAUUUGCAAGCUUCCUAUUUAUUACGUGAGCUCUGCCAUGUGUUUCAGAAUAUUGGUAUCACAGUCCUGAUAGCUGCCUGUCACUCCACCGUAAUAAAAUCCUUCGAAAGAAAUGGGUUUUUUGACCAGUAUAUUACCAAAGCACGGUUCUUUCCAACUCUACAUGAUGCUGUACUUUUUGCUGUGGAUUCUGAUCCUUUGCAAGAGAUGUUACCAGUGGAUCCCAGUACUGCACAAAACGAAGACGUGUCACAUGAAACUGGUAUAGAUAAUCACGAGGAUCGAAGUCAGCAAUCAGCAAGAAGUCAGCAUUCAGACAGGAUGAGCCAACAGUCCGCAGGAAACAGAACCCCCUUGAUGACAACCGUCCAUAGUGGAAGUAACGACGAUGAGCCUAUAACAGACCUUUACCGCACCUCUUCGUUCCAGAGCGAGGGAGACACAGUCCCUCUCCCCCAUCUUCAAAGGCCUCACCGGAAUGAAAAGUAUCGUGUUUAG